UCACUAGACUCUAGGAUUAUUCAACGGACAAUUUGAUUUUGAUCCAAUCGGGAUUCAAUCUUCCAAUGUGAAAUAGAAGGGCAAUGUUUUCUGGAGGAUUUUUGCCUUGUUCAGAAGCUGAAAGCAAUAGGAGGAGGAAGAGGAACUGCACGUUUAAUUGAAGAAAGAGGAGGAAGAAGGGAGCUGCUUAUGGAGUGCCUGGUCUUCCUGGACAUUGAGACGGUGACUGUGGAGACCUCCUGCAGGAGACUGGAGGUGCAACCUUUUCUUUUCCCGUCUCCUCAGGGAUGGCAGCAAUGCUAUCUGAGACUCUGCCCUCUGGGCCUUUGGCUAUUAAUAACUGCAGGAUGCCUGUGCGAGCAGCCUUCAGGAGUCAAAUUCACAGCACUUUGCAUCAGCACUUUGUGCUGGGCAGAGCCUCCCUGCACCCAGGCACCCUGGGAGAGUGGGGCUGCUGGACAAGCCUCCCCAGGCAGCACCCAGAGACAGCAUCCAGAGACAGGCUGGGAGGGAGCAGCCACUGCCGAGCUCUGGGGCAGGUGCGUGAGCUGGUCUGAACCUGGCACUGCAAGCCUGAGAGCAAAGCAGAGAACUCUUUGUGGGAAUGCCCCUUGCAGGGACUCCUGCUCCUGUUAAAAGGAAAAAGUCCACUAAACUCAUUGGGAAGCUGACACAUGAAGCUAUGCCACAAGAGGUGUCCAAGCUGAACCUGGGGAAGAAGAUCAGCAUCCCCAGAGAUGUGAUGCUAGAAGAGCUUUCUCUCCUCACUAACAAAGGAUCCAAAAUGUUCAAAUUACGUCAACUGAGAGUGGAGAAGUUCAUUUAUGAGAAUAAUCCUGAUGCCUUCACUGACAACUCUGUGGAUCACUUUCAGAAGUUCAUCCCACCAGGAGGGCACUAUGGGGAAGAUGCUCACGGCUAUGCCCAAGGGCGGAUGGUAGGAGGAGUGCCGGCGGGGCAGCACGGCUCCAGCACGCAGCAGCACCCCGGCGUCCCUCCCAGGCCUGGGAGCAGAGCAGGCGCCAGAGAAGGCGAAGGGGAGCAUGCAGGGAAAGCAGCUGGAAGUGCUGGAGAAGGAGGUGAUGGUACUGACAAAGAUGGAAAGUCAGGAGGCAAAAAAGUUACUAUAUUUAAAACUUAUAUUUCCCCUUGGGAACGAGCAAUGGGUAUCAGCCCUGAGGACAAAAGCCAGUUCUCCACGGACUUACUGUCAUACAGCCCCAAAGCUGAUUUCCCUCACUACAAGUCUUUUAACCGGACUGCCAUGCCUUAUGGGGGUUAUGAAAAAGCAGCCAAAAGGAUGACCUUCAAAGUGCCUCAGUUUGAUAUCUGCCCUUUGCUCCCAGAAUCUCUCAUGAUAUAUAAUCAAAAUUUCAGCAAAAGACCCUCCUUCAACAGAACCCCAAUACCUUGGAUGCCUUCAGGAGACUUCUCAGAGUACCAGACUGCAGUCAAUGUGCCAAUGUGUGGUGAAACAGAAGAGCUGUAAACCCCCACUGGCAGCACCUUCCCAUUUUCUCAGCCCUUUCUAUUUGCAAGUUGGUAGUGAGGAGCAGAAAAGUGCAGCUCUAUUCUGUCAGCUCUUCCUUUCUUUUGCCCAUAGCCAAGAUAAGUCCCUAGCAGGUUCUAAACUUCUCUUCACUGUUUUGUUAAUCUAAAUCAGAAACAGUUUGAGAAAAAGGAGCUUUUUAUUCAUCAGCACAUAAGAGGCCAAGACUAAGGAAGUGUUUUUCUGUUUAGCAAUACUACAUGCUGCCUGUCUGAUUGAUAAUAAACCUGUUUUGUCAUAUAUUAACAAAAAAUAAAACACCAAGAUGAAAAACAGCUUUUGUGUUUUCUCCUUAAAAACUGCUGAAAGAAUUUGGGGAUUAGCCAUAACAAAAGUUUCAAUCUCAAAAAUGAGACUAUUAGCCUGGGAUGAAAGAUCAGGGACUGACAUGGACGGUCACAAGAUUUAUAUACAUCCAGGUGGCUAGGAAAAAUACUGCCAAAGUGGUGGGGAAGCAUGAUGACUUUGAGAGGAAAUUAGAACAACAUCAGAGAUGAAAUAGCAAGUCAGCCUGUCAGCAAAACAAACAGCUUGAAGUAUUUCACUGUCACCUAAGAUUCCCCAGUUCUCCAGAGAAUAAACUAGGUGACAGCUUAAGCAGUUUUUUGGUUUUUUUGUUUUGUUUUGUUUUUUUGGUUGUUUUUUUUUUUCUUUUCUUUUUCUUUUCUUUUUUUUUUGUAACAGAGAUCAUAAAGUCAAUAGGUUGGGAAGCAAAAGAGGCACACCCAAGUAAGAUGGCUUGCCCAUAGUAACAGAGCAAGAAAACAAAUGCUUUAAUAACACCAGAGUUAAUUUGACACCUAUCACAGUGCAUUACUUAUUCAAAUACACACCAUCCAAGUCUAUUUCAUUUCUUGCAGCAGUUUCAGCAAUGCCACACAAACAGGAAGAAAGGCAGGCGCUGUGGAAAAUCACUAAAGAACUCCUGCUUGGAGACUGGUUUGGAAUUCUCUUUUGGUGCCUCAACAUUUCCUUCUCUAAGCAGGGUGGAACAGCUUAUUCAAGGGGACAGCUUCCACUGAAGUACUUUUAAUUUAGGAGUUAUUCCUCUUUGUAUAGAAAUUCCUGUAGCCAUGUAUUUGAUUUUUAUUUUGUUGGGUCGUUAUGUGGUUGGCAUCAUUACAUGCCUCAAUAAGGCUACUGAGAGGGCUACUGUGAGAUCUCUUUAAAAUUAUGCUAAUAAUAACAAGCUGCAAAAGUAAUUAAUGAGUAGUUUCCUAACCCUUCUGCUGCAAUGGCUAAAGAACAUUUAUUGUAUAUCCUAUUAAAUUAUUGAGAAGUAUCCAUAACUCAGUUCUGUGACUAAACUUAAAAAUAUUAAGGUGCUACUUUGAUCUGAAGAACAUUUCAACAAACAAAAAAAACCCCUCUGUUUGAGCUCUGUUUGGAGAUAAGUUGCUGUUUUCCAAUAUUUUGAAUCAAUCUAGAUUUCUAAUUGCAUUGAAAUUAAGGAGGAUGGAUUUCUUUUCCAAUUCAAAAGUACUUUAUUACAAGAAUCCAGUCCACACUGACAAGGCUAGAAACGCAGAAAGUCAAAGGAAAUGUCAGAGAAAACAAGGUGACAUUAAGCAAAAUAUUCUCCCACUAAAUAAGCCAUUUAUUGCCUCUCCUCUUCUGACACAGAUUUUAGCCUACUGCAAUAUAGAUUUAAAUGAUUUUUUUAAAAAGGUGAAAUACAUGAUGCUUUCAUGGUAAAUAUGUCAGGAAUGGCAGAAACAAGACCGCUUGGUAGCCACAUGACACGAUCUAUUUCCAGUUGCAGGUAUUCCAGAUCGUGGGCCAGUUAAGGGAUGCCAAGGUGCAGGGAGGAGUGGCUGCUCUGAGGAGGCGGUGCCGCAGUCACAGCGCAGGUCUCAGCUCCGCCCAGGAGACAAGAGUGCACACAAGAGUGCACACAAGAGUGCAGGCCAGCACCUGCACAGACCUCUGCAAAGGACCCCAGGACUGUGUGUGAGCCUAGAAGAGAUUUCUGGGCCGUAAGUGAGGUGAAGGUCCCAGGUGAGAUUAGUCAGGUCA